AUGGCGAUCGCACCUAUAGACAAGAGUCAGAAAAUCGUCAUCAUCGGGGCUGGUGUUUUCGGUCUCAGUACCGCACUUCAUCUUGCCCGCCGAGGAUACACCGACGUCACCGUACUUGACCGUCAACCUUUCGAGAAGAAUCACUAUGCUCCCGAGGAUGGAUGUGAUGGUGCUUCGGCUGAUAUCAACAAAAAAAGGUAUCAAAACCUCGCUGAACGCACUCUACCUAUAUGGAAAGAAUGGACCAAAGCCGUCACCGAUUCCAAUCCUGAAAAGCUCCCUGCUGGACUCAACCCAACGGACGAAAUCCUGAGUAUGAGCGGAUUCAUGCGUACUGGUGGAGGACACGAGUUGAGCCCUUUCCACGCUGCUUCACUGCAAGGUAUCGUCGAGGCUGGUCGAAGGGAUCAUGUUUUCCUCCUUAACGACGAAAAAGAACUGGAACGUGCUGAAGCACUCGACGCAGCCGGUAGCGGUCAACAUUGGGCAGGCAAGAUGCAAAGGUUCGCCAAACUCCUUGGAGGUGACGUUCAUGGAAUUCUCGACACGGAUGCCGGAUAUACUAGAGCAGAUAAAGCUUGUUUGUACGCUUUACAUCUUGCCAAAGAAGCAGGUGUCAAGUUUGUGCUUGAUCCAAUUGGAGGAAUGUUCGAUUCGUUCGUCCUUGAAGGUGAAGGGAGCGAUAAGAAGGUGGUUGGUGUUAAGACUAAAGAUGGGAAGGUUCAUCCGGCUUCAAAGGCCAUUGCUGCUUGUGGUGGUUGGACAGCUUCGGUCGUCCCUGAAGCUUCAACCUUGCUCGAGACCACAGGAGGGAGCGUGGCCUAUGUAGACCUUCCUAAAGAUCGUCAAGAUUUAUGGGAUAAAUUCGGAGACAAACAAUUUUGUACUUGGAGUUUCCAAUAUUCGGAGGGAAUCGGAAUGGGAGGUUUCCCAAGGACCGAUAAUGGUAGACUCAAGUUUGGUUAUCGUGCUACCAAAUACACCAACUACAAGGAUCAUCCCGUCACUGGACAACGUCUCUCUGUACCCAAGACGAAAUACUCUGAAGACCCAAUAACCAACAUCCCCUUACACGCUCUUAACGAAAUCAAGAAGAAUAUUAUAGAAAUCUUCCCUGAACUCGUCGAGAUCGGUAUCACGGGAACCAGGAUGUGCUGGUAUACUGAUUCGAUUGAUAAUCACUUUGUGGGUGAUUACGUACCGGGAUACAAUGAGACUUUGUUUGUCGCUUCGGGUGGAUCAGGUCAUGGUUUCAAAUUCCUUCCCACUUUGGGUCAUCACUUCGUUAACCAGCUCGAACACGUUGCCGACGAAUUCACCGCUCAUUGGAAAUGGCGUGCGGCCGCUCCUGGUGAAUUCGCCAAUGGUCUCGAAGAAGGAGAGGCUGGUCCUCGUGUCUUGAGCAAAGUCAAGAUGGCCACCGAGGCGGAUUGGAAGUUUUGAGAAGUUGGUAUUGUGACACGAUCCGACUUGGUCGUAGAUAGAUAGAUGUUAAGGUGUCGUCGAAACGUGAUGACACGGU